UUCGACAGUUAUGGUCUACCCCUGCACGUGUACACCAACCCCGAGUUGCACCAAUGGUGGAGUCAAUGGAAGUACUUGACGCGCAGUGACCAGACCUUGCAAGCCCUGGAUAGCCAAACCUGCGGUCAUUAUGCUUUAUUUUUCUUGAAAGCCCGUGCGCAAGGACGGUCGUAUCAAGAAUUUUUGAGUCAAUGGAGUUGCGACAAUUUAGUGUUGAAUGAUCACAAAGUGGCCGACCAGUUAAAACGGGUGAUUAAACAGGAAUUACAAGAUGAAGUCGAUGCCCGACCUGAAGGGGGGCAAAAGAAUGUGAGCCGUCAGGCCUUUAUCACUUGUCAUCAUUGUGAGUGUUAAAAUAAAAAACCCAUAAAACGAGAUGUGUAGUGAAAGAGUGGUCAUUGUCUCUCAUCAUGAUUACGCGAAGCGAUGUGCAGCGCGUGGUGGAUGCGUUCAUUCUCGAAGAAACUUUGUAUUGGUGGGAACACCCCAUCGAGUGGGUCAACACCGUGCGAGGCAUUGACGCGUGGGAUGGGUAUCAUUGGUUAGUGGCACGACAAUUGGCGCAAGACCAAGACUGGGUCUCCCUUAAAAAGUACAUGGACAGUAUGAGCGAAACGUAUUUAAGAGAGACCAUGGAACGUCUGAUUCAGUGUGAAUCGCCACGACUCUACCGCGACUAUUGGACAGCAUGCCCAGACAACGACGACAACCACGACGGCGCACCCGACGACCCUGCUUUCGCCAAAACGGACGCGGGAUCAUGAGCGUGUUGGCCAAAGCCUAUAAAAUCGGGGAUAAAUUGGGACGCGACAAACGGUAUAAACGCAUGGGUGCCAAAGGGGCCACCGGUCAUUAUCGACGUCACCCUCGACCGUGGGAAUCAUGAUCCGUCAACCCAGUAGUGUGAUUAUCGCGGGCCCGUCGGGCAGUGGCAAGAGUGAAUUGGUGGAACAAUGGUUACGGUACCUCAACGUCUUUCAAGUCAAACCCCGCAAGAUUGUGUAUGCCUAUGAUCGUUGGCAACCCCGGUUCGAGCGUAUGCAAAAAAAAGAUGGGAUUCAGUUUCAUCGCGGGUUACCGGACCCCCGUCAUUUGACGCAAUGGUUUGGUCGGACCGGCGGCGGGGUGCUGGUCUUGGACGACCUGAUGGAAGAAGGGGGACAAGACAAGCGCGUGUUGGAUUUAUUCACCAAAGAUUCGCAUCAUCGCAAUAUUACGGUGCUGUAUUUGACACAAGAUUUAUUCCCGCCCGGUAAAUUUUCCAAGACCAUUAAUCGCAACGCGCAUUACAUUGUGGCGUUCAAAAACCCUCGGGAUCAAACAGGGAUACGCACCAUUUUAUUGCAAGCCUUUCCAGAUCGGUGGCGUCAAGUCUUGCGCCUAUUUAAACGCAUCACGGCCCGUCCCUUUGGCUAUUUGAUGUUGGAUGUGCAUCCUGCGUCGGAUGAUCGCUACCGCCUGUGGAGUCAUUUAACGCCCCGAGAAGGCAAAGCCCAAGUCCACACUUUGCGUGCGGAUGUCCCUACCGUUCGACAACGAACUGCAACGAGAACUCGCCAGGGUCCGCCGGCAAAGAGAAGGCGGACAACAUACUGAGUUAGCCGCCCGCAUGGACCCACCCACCCUCUCGCCUGCUGGCGUGGGCUCCCCAUCGGUCCUUCGGGAUCUCAGCAGUAUGACGGACAUGGUGACCGAAUUAACUCGACCGGUGGAUCGUGCCCAAUUGGAUCAAGAGAUUGAGGAUUUUAAUUUGACCUACCCGGUCAAUGUGGACGAUGCCUUGAAUGCCUUCACGUUACCACCCGUGGCAGGCACCGGCACGGCCCCCACCACCACCACCGCCGCUACCACUACGGCACUGCCACCACCCGCUACCACCACGGCCACCCAAACCCGUCCCACCACCUCGACCCGAACACGCCCCACCACCACCACGACCACCACCAGUCGACCACGACCCGUCACCUCUACCCGAACACGCCCUGCCACCACCGCCACAACCACCACCGCCCCUUCACGCCCCUCCACCUCUCGCCGCAGUGCAGGGGCAGGCACCAGGACCACCACCUCCACGGUGACGACCCCCACGGGACGCCCCACCGUGGCCGCCAAACAACCGCGACGACGUCCCCGUGUACCCUCCCCACCGUCCCCUGAUUCGUCCCCUCCGUCCGAGGACGAAGAUGACGAUGACGACGAUCGAGGGCGAGGCUUAAGGCGACGGUUGGAUUUGCUCAAUGAAGAUGCUCAAGAACGGGCUCGAGGUCGACGCAUCCGUAACAUCACGCAUACCAAUACCGUCACCACGGCCCACGGAAGAGGGUGGACGCCCCUCGGUUCGGGCCAGACGCCCACCCGCCGACGUCCGUCCACGACCCCCACGCCGAGGACGGGCCGUGGCGUGGCCGAGCCCGUGGACGUGGUCACAGGUCUGCGUAAACAGAAAAAAAGGAUAUAAAAACAGGGGUCUCUCUGUCACCGUCCCAAAAUGUGUGGCCGUUGUGGACACGCAAUAGCUCGGAAACGCAAACGCACCACGACUCGACGAUUAUCACGUCGACGGAGGAUCAAGGGUGGGAAGGCACCGUUCGUCGUGGAUAUCAAAAAAGGCUUCAAGUUGUUGACACACCCGGGUAUGUGGAAGAUCCCGUCCAAGGCCGACGUACAGUCCGACAAACGACGAGUGGCCAACUACAAACGCCAGUAUCGCGCCAGUGGUACUAAGGACUCGUACAACAAGUGGUUGGUCAAGAAAGGGUAUGCCAAAAAAGUGGGUGGAUGCAGCUUGAUGUGAAAAUGUAUAAAAAAAGAGGCUCAAAGCGUUCUGCUCUCAAAAGGACUCGUCAUGAGACGCAAACGCAAACGCUCCACGACUCGACGACGGUCCGCCAAACGACGACGACGUGUGAGUCAAGUGGGGGGUGUCGGGGUCGGCCUGCCUAUAGGCAUCAUGAAAGCUGGGUAUGGGAUCACCAAAGCCAUUGGGGAUCAUCAAACCAAGCGUGCUAUCGCCAUUGGUGAAAAACGUCGACGCGAAGUGGCUUCAGGCAAACGGAAAAAAUAUGCGGGGGAAUCGUUUAAUUGUUCGAUCAUGUAAAAAAACGUAUAAAAAGACCUUCGUGGGCCUAAACAGGGGUUCAUUGAACGAUGGUCCGUGGACCCAACGGGCGACGACACCGUUAUGUCCCUCGAAAACGACGCCGCCGACGUGGACUCCAACGUGGCGCUCGGCUACCGCUGUUGGCAAUGGCUCUCUCGCCUUUGUAUCUCCGGAAAUUCAAACCCAGAAUCCGCCUUCGACGCCCGGACUAACCGACGCCCUAAACGAAAAGCCGUCACGUUUGCGUUGGAUUGGGACGACCAGUAUGAAGCGGCCUUGUGUGCCCAGUGUCGAACUCACAUGCAAACGCAUUAUCAUGGCGAAUUGUGUGGUCGGUGUGGUGCCAUUUUUACCAUAAAUAGACCUUGGUCGUUGCCUGAACUCAAGAUUCAUCAUGGGGUGGCGCAUGGAACGUCAAGCCCCGUUCUUAAAAAGUGUCUUACAAGAAGCCAAUCAACACAAACGACAAGAAUUAUUGCGGAUGGCCAAUGCGGAUCAGAUCAAUGCGGUCAGUGAAUUGGUGAUGAACACUCUCCGUGGCACCGUGCCCCGUUCCCGACACACUAUCACGUUGCUCAAACCCCACGCUCAGAGUUUACGCGCUAUGGCCAAACCCGCUCAUUCUGUCAAACGACGACGCGCUAUCAUGAUGGCUCAAAAAGGAGGUGCCCUCUGGCCGGAACUCUACCGAUGUUAUAAACGUUGCAUGCGCUAGACAAGUCCCUUCAGUUGCACCAUGGAACCCGAGAUGGUGAGCACCACGGUGAACAACGCCCCGGCGUUUUUACAAUUACGAGACCAGUACAAACAAGAAUUGGUGGAAGAUACCCGAUUGACCAAAGCCGCUGAUUUAGCGGCCAAGCAACAUGUGCUCCUGACCAGUGAGGCCCCCGAUGCUUGGAAACGGCCUCAACUCAAAGCCGUCAGCCGUCAAUUACGCCAUUGGACCAAAAAAGUGCGUCAACCGUUUGGAGCUGCGACGGGGGGUGUGAGUGCUGCAGGGGCCACGACGCCGGGCGACGAGGAUGAUUUUGAGGCGGGUCCCAUGCAAGCCUGGUUCACGCAAUUAGUCAAGGCCACCCGGGGUAUAAAACAAGGCACCCCGACUGGUGGACCCAGAAAACCGCCUGUCCCGCCUAAACCCAAGAUCACGCCCAGUGCCAAAAAGAAACUCAAGUUUACCACCCCAUUGACUAGUGCUGAGUUGGCCAAAGAGUUGCCCUUUUCAGAGGACGCGGGCCCGACACCUUGGGACAGCCCCUCCUUAGCAAUCAAGCGCAAACUCAGACAAAAAGCCAAAGAAGUGGCCAAAAAGAAAGCCAAAGAGGCAGCCAAGAAAGUCUUGGAUUGGAAAUCGUGGAAAACCCCGUAA